AUGGACUGGGACCAGAAUGAUAUGCGCUCGCGCUUCUGUCAUGCUCUUUCAGAUAUGUACAAGAGCGAGGUCCCCCUCUAUAGAGACCUCAUCGAUGUAGUCUGGGAAGCAGACGGGAAAGCAAUCCAAGACAACCAGACAAACGGCAGUCCCAAGCUCAUCAAUCCAGAUGAUGUUUUGCCCCUGCGGCAUCGCGUUGAAAGACACGGGGCUAUUCGUUUAGGAACGGCUCAUGAACUUGCCACGAUCCGUCGGAUGUUUGCUGUGAUGGGAAUGUACCCGGUGGGCUACUAUGACCUCAGUCUUGCCGGAUUUCCUAUGCAUGCCACUGCAUUCCGCCCGAAAACCCAAGAAGCACUUGACAAGAACCCGUUCCGUGUUUUUACGACCGUUUUGCGAAUGGAACUGUUGACAGAGAAGACCCGGGCGCUUGCGCAGAAAGCAUUGGAGCAAAGGAUCAUUUUCACACCAAGGUUGAUGGGUCUUUUGGAUAUUGCAGAAAGUCAAGGAUACUUGACACCUGAACAGUGUACAGAUUUCAUCACAAAUGGUCUUGAGACAUUCAGAUGGCACUCCAAAGCGACUGUCACGCAUGAUGAAUACCACCAACUUAAAGCUGAACAUCCUCUUAUCGCUGAUAUUGUUUCUUUCCCCAGCUCACAUAUCAACCAUUUAACGCCCCGGACUAUUGAUAUCGAUUUUGUCCAGCAGUUGAUGUUGGACCACGGGAUGCCUGCCAAAGAACGUAUCGAAGGACCGCCGAAACGCACAUGUCCAAUACUUCUUCGGCAGACAAGCUUCAAGGCACUUGAAGAGACUGUCUACUUCCGAGACUUAUCUGGGUCUUACGUGAAAGGCUCACACACAGCCAGAUUCGGUGAAGUGGAGCAGCGAGGCUAUGCUCUGACUCGGGAAGGACGGCAGUUAUAUGAUCAAAUUCUGGACCGAGUCAAUGUAGACUCUGUGAAGAUGGGAUUGAAUGGAAGCGAUUAUGACAAGUUAUUGGAAGAUCACUUCAAAGAGUUCCCUGACAGCCUCUCAAAGCUCCACGACUUGAAGUUGGCAUAUUUCUCCUACCGGUUGACCUCAUUGGGUGAGCAGCUGGCUCACGAAGUAAUGCUAAAGGGUGAAGUCUCAAUUCAGGAUCUUCUCGCCAAGGGUAUCCUGAGUUAUGAACCUCUGACAUAUGAAGACUUCCUGCCACUGUCGGCGGGUGGUAUUUUCAAUUCGAAUCUUGGCAGUAUCUCUCUGUCAAAAGACCUCAUAAGGAGUGCCGAUCCAGACCUUGAUGGUUUCCAGCGAUUCCUAGGGACUUAUGUAGCUGAUGAGUUCCACCUCUACGCCGAGAUGCAACAGGUAUCGUUGGAGCUUUGUCGGCAGACAUUGGGGCUGAGAUCUAUUUUUGUAUAG